UAGGGAGUUAAUAGGAUGUUAAAGGUAUUACUUUGGGUGAAGGGGUUCGUGAUGAUAGUAAGCGGUAUGUUUAUGCAGAUUUCAUUUUCUGUUUUUAUAAUUUUUAAUGCGAUGGAAGAUAUGUUGAAGUCUGUUAGGAUACCGACAGUGAUCGUGAUUUCAUUGAUGAUGAUGAAUUCUGUUGCGGUGACAACGGACAACCGUGUUAUUCUAAGUGGAGUGCUGGUUGGUUCGGCUCUUGCGGCGUCACAAUAUGGGGGCUACACGUUUAGUCCGCUAGAGUUUGCCGCACUGACGACUGCUCUUCUUGUUUUGAACUAUCCUAGAAAACAGACGCAGACUAUGAAAGAAUUAUGUGAUUCCCUUGGUCCUAAAGGAUACAUUUGGGAUGUAUCAAAUGAAAUUUGUUAUCAUCUAAACACCAUAGAGCUGAAUGCUGUGGACGCCAAGAGAAAAUGUAUGUCAGAGCAUCCAAGCAGUCGACUCCUAUUGAUAGACUCGGACAAAACCUACAAUUUUGCAGUUUCAAUUAUCGAUGCAUUCAACACUGGACCGAUAUAUCUACAAGGAACUAAGUCAGGCCCCAACUUUGUUGACGAUGAUGGACAGGUUAUUACUUACUUCAGAUGGGAUUCAGGAGAACCUGGCAGUGGGAAUUACCUUCGCACCGACACAACUACACGUUUACAAGAGACAUCAUCUGGGACAAGCUUCUACAAAUUUAUAUGUCGAUUGUAUUGAAAAGUCAAGAUUCUUUCAGACAUUAAACAUUUAAAAUAAAGAAUUACAUAUCAAAACUGUU